UUCUACAGUCCCACGAUCAAAAGUUUGGAAGCUGAGGACCUACAGAAAGAACCCCAAGCAAAAGGCAUCUGGGCUGUAUUACAGCACACAGAAUCAUCAGAUAAACUGCUCCUGUACCCACAGUGCUGAUCCACGUGGAGACAGCCUGGGGAAGAGCUGACAGAAACCCAAGGGAAACAAAAUUAGGAAGAUCUGAUCUGCUUUUUUGGGGGAUGACAUUCUUGGAAAAAAAGGCAUCGUAGCAGUCAUGCCCCAUUCAUCUGUGAGACAAACCAACACACGAAAAGUGGAUGAAGAAAAACCACUCAAUGUACUUUCUGUCCACUGGGAUAAAAUUUUAAUGGAUAAAAAGCAUCAGGUUUUUUGCUUAAUGAAGAAUCUCAGUUUUCAAAUCCCAUUUAUUGUGUAAAUACAAAAGCAUUUCCACUCAGUAGCCUGAAUUUUAUGAUCUUACUAUGGCCUUUUAGUCAAGUGGGUCUGUAAUUCAGAGGUGGUGUGUUCCAGGGAAUGUUUUGGUCUCUGUGAAAGUGAGAGAGAGCUUCAAGACUGAAGACAUCAAAAUGCUAUUGCACACUAUCAUUGAUUUUUGUGUGUGUGUGUGUGUGUGUGUACAAUUAGCUUAUGGUAUUAAUAUAAAAAGUAGGUAGCUGCAUCUAAUGAUUUUUUUGGAGUAAUCUGAACCAUCUGCCUCUAGAUAUUAAGGAGUUCACUCUUUAAUCCAGAUUAUGGCUGACAAACUGGUUUUGGCAUUCACGUUUCACUAGCACUGUGCCCUUGAAGAGCUGAUGUGGCUGUAGAAACUCUCUUGCUUACAACUGUUGGUUUUAAAAGCAUUUUUGGUUUGGCUUUCUCAUAGUUGUUUGCUUAUAGCUCUUUUUUUUUUUUGAGAAGAUGGCCUUUCUAAUGAAAAGUAUGUUGAGCAACCAGGUAAAGAAUUUGGGACUUGGAGGUGGAGGGGAAGAAAGCAAAGAAGAAAGCACUCCUUCUGACCCAGCAGCAGCUGCAGGAAUGACCAGAGAGGAGUAUGAGGAAUAUCAAAAGCAAAUGGUUGAGGAGAAGAUGGAAAGAGAUGCAGCAUUUGCACAGAAAAAAGCAGAGCGAGCCUGUCUGAGGGUUCACCUGAGAGAGAAGUACAGACUCCCUAAGAGUGAAUUGGAUGAGAAUCAAAUACAGAUGGCUGGAGAUGACGUGGGUUUGCCAGAAGACCUGCAGAAGAUGGUGGCACAAGAUCAGGAGGAGGAAGAGGACAAGGACUCCAUCCUGGGACAGCUGCAGAACAUCCAGAACAUGGACAUGGAUCAGAUCAAAGAAAAGGCACAAGCCACCUUUACUGAAAUGAAGCAGGCGGCCGAGCAGAAAUGUUCUGUCAUGUAGAAGAGCCACCACCACCCACGGGCUGUGACUUCAGUCUUGUCUCACCAGGACUGCAGAGUGAGGGCAGGCAGAGGGAUGCACAUAGCUCUAGAGCAUAAAUAUAGAAAAGAGACAAGAGAGAGACUUAAAACCCUGAGGGGAGGGGGAAAAGUUACGUGUUGUGACUGCCUAGGACAAAGUUAGAAGUGAUCCUAAUUUUUAACAUAACAUUUUUCCCCAUGGAAAAAAUGGCUCAAAAGAAGUUAAUAUUGGGGAAAAAAUGUGCCUUUUUCCAUGCUAUUAAAUGCGUAUUUUUUAGCAAAAUUGUAAUUCUGAUACAUCACAUAUAGGUAAUCACUCAUUUAAUAGUGCUUUCAGAAAUAAAAGCAUAUAUUUCUUAUAACAACACGUCUGUUU